GGCAGCAGGCGGACUGGGACAUCAGACACUCACACACUCACACACUCCUUCUCUCUCUCCAAUGGAAUCACGAGCGUCGGAGUAAACGCGUUUGGAAAGCCUACAAAUCAGCGCAAAGUAAACAGUCGCGACCUGCUGCCUCUGCUGCAGCUUUGUGUGGAAAGUGCAAGUGAUCCGGACGCACUGACAACUUGGAGUUAUCACUCUUUUUUUCUGUGACUUUUGGGAUUUACUUGUCUGUUUUUUUUUUGUUUUUUGUUUUUUGCAAGACAUGACCUGUAGAAGAAGAAGAUAAAGCGAAUUAAAGAGUGCAUCAACCCUCUGGCUGAAGAUUUCACCUCUUCAGCGUGUGGUAGUUGUAGGUUACAUGACUUCUUGAGCGAGCUCACCCGUGGACGUGUAACAUCUCCCUGAAGAUCUUCACCACCAUGGGGCGACUCAUGAUAGCUGCCAUCCUUUGUGCCAUGCUAAACCAGAUUUUAUGCUCUGGGGUUUUUGAGUUGAAGUUGCAAGAGUUUCUCAAUAAGAAAGGAAUAACAGCCAACUCUAACUGCUGUAAAGGAGGAUCCUCUUCAGCCAUCCAGCAGUGCGAAUGCAAAACCUUUUUCAGGAUUUGCCUGAAGCAUUACCAGGCUAACGUGUCCCCAGAGCCUCCGUGCACGUAUGGAGGAAUUACUACUCCAGUUCUCGGAUCAAACUCAUUUCAAGUUCCUGAAACUCUUUCAGACAGCACCUUCACCAACCCUGUUCGUUUCCCUUUUGGAUUUACGUGGCCGGGCACGUUUUCACUAAUUAUUGAAGCACUGCAUACAGAGUCUACUGAGGAUUUAUCAACCGAAAACCCAGAACGUCUGAUCAGUCGCAUGACCACCCAGAGGCACCUGACGGUCGGAGAAGAAUGGUCCCAGGAUCUCCAGGUGGCUGGGAGAACCGAGCUGAAGUACGCCUACAGAUUCGUGUGUGAUGAGCAUUACUAUGGAGACGGCUGCUCGGUCUUCUGCCGGCCGCGAGACGACGCCUUCGGCCACUUCACGUGCGGAGAGCGCGGAGAGAUCAUCUGUAACUCCGGGUGGAAAGGCCAGUACUGCACAGAGCCAAUCUGUCUCCCGGGGUGUGAUGAGGAGCAUGGAUUUUGUGACAAACCUGGUGAAUGCAAAUGCAGAGUGGGCUUCAGUGGGAAAUACUGUGAUGACUGUAUCCGCUACCCUGGUUGCUUACAUGGAACCUGCCAGCAACCAUGGCAGUGCAACUGUCAAGAGGGCUGGGGUGGCCUCUUCUGCAACCAAGAUCUUAAUUACUGCACACACCACAAACCAUGCCAGAAUGGAGCCACUUGCACUAACACUGGUCAAGGCAGCUACACAUGCAGCUGCAAGCCUGGUUUCACCGGGGCGAGCUGUGAGAUUGAGGUUAACGAGUGCUCUGACAGCCCCUGCAGAAAUGGAGGAAGCUGCACUGAUCUUGAGAACACAUAUAGCUGCACCUGCCCUCCUGGCUUCUAUGGAAGAAACUGUGAGCUGAGUGCCAUGACUUGUGCUGAUGGCCCCUGCCUCAAUGGUGGACGGUGUGCUGACAAUCCUGAUGGAGGAUACUUCUGUCAGUGUCUCAUGGGCUACGCCGGCUUUAAUUGUGAAAAGAAGAUUGAUCAUUGUAGUUCAAAUCCAUGCUCAAAUGGUGCCCAGUGUCUAGACCUUGUGGACUCCUAUCUCUGCCAGUGUCCAGAGGGUUUUACAGGCACACACUGUGAUGACAAUAUUGAUGAGUGUGCUGCCUACCCCUGUCAGAAUGGUGGAACAUGUCAAGACGGAGUCAACGACUACACCUGUACCUGCCCACCUGGAUACACUGGCAAGAACUGCAGCCUGCCUGUCAAUAAGUGUGUACAUAACCCUUGCCACAAUGGAGCUACUUGUUAUGAAAGGGAUAACCGCUAUGUGUGUGCCUGCAUUCCUGGGUACGGAGGACGUAACUGCCAAUUCUUGCUCCCUGAAAACCCUCAAGGACAGCCUGUUGUAGAGGGAGCCGAUAAAAGGUACUCUGACGAUGAGGAGGACAACGUAUUUCCAUGGACAGCAGUCUGUGCUGGGAUUAUUUUGGUGCUUUUGCUCCUGCUUGGGUGCGCUCUUCUGGUCGUGUACAUCCGCAUAAAACUGCAGCAGAGAAGCCAGCAAGCCGACAGUCACAUUGAAAGUGAGACCAUGAACAACUUGACCAACAACUGCAGUCGAGAGAAGGACCUGAGCGUCAGCAUUAUAGGCACUACGCAGGUGAAGAAUACCAACAAGAAGGUGGACUUUCAGAGUGACGCCACAGGUGUAGAAAAGAAAGGUUACAAGUCUCGCUAUUCAUUAGUGGAUUACAAUCUUGUUCAUGAGCUUAAGCAGGAGGACUUCGGGAAAGAGGACUUGGAGAAAAACGAUGUAAGAUGCGAAGCUCUUGACUCUGACACAGAAGAAAAACACAGAAAACAUUUAAGAAGUGAGACAUCAGAGAAAAGUCCAGAAGCUGCAUGCAAAGACACAAAGUACCAGUCUGUCUUUGUAAUAUCAGAUGAAAAGGAUGAAUGUAUUAUUGCAACUGAGGUAUAAUGCCACAACAGAGCUGUAGCUCGUCUUGCUCUACAGGAGGUUUUACUCCAGUAUAUGCUGCUCAAACCAGAGGGAAGGUUUCCUUCUUAUGACUGCUGCUGUGGGUCUUAUGUUCAUGGUGAAGUUCAGAAUGAGCUGGUUCUCAACUGAAGUAAGCACAGUGACUGCAGAAAAAGGAUGUUGAGCCAUACUGGCUCGCACUCUCAAAGUUUAUUUCCCAGGAAUGUGUCAGAUGGACUUGUUGCACUUCCUGUAGGGAUUUCUUUUUUACCUCAUUGCACUAUGGAGGGUUGCUUUUAUAAAAAAAAAUGUAUUUAACAUUCAAACAUAAUUACUGCAUAUAAGUAUGCACUGACUGCAGUGUCUAUCUCUGACCCGUUACACAGGUCAGGAGAGGAAAAACACCGCCAACAAAACUGUUCAGUUACUGAUAUGAUUUUUAAGUUGUAAUAUUUUUUUAUUUAAAUGCUAUUUGUGAUUAAUUUGCUUUGGGGUUUUUGUGAAGUUAACGCAGAUAUAAUUUAAUCUUUUUCUCAUUUUGCAAAUUUGUAUAUUGUAUAUAAGGCACUUCGGGUCAUAGUGACUGUUUUCCAACAGUAAUGUAUUUAAUUGUGUUGUUAAAACUUACAGGAAUUGUUUUAUAAGUGUUGUUCAUGAAGAAAAUCACCUUAAUAUUUUUCCAAAUAAAUCCUGUAUGAAAUAUUUCCAAAUGA